AUGGCUCGAGGUGACGGCCAGGAGCUCGACAUCACUGUCCCCGUCGAGGACCCAAAGAAGACAGAUCAGCAGAAGGAAAAGGAAAAGCAAAGAGAGGAAGCCGCUCGCAAAGGCCUCCCGCCUCUCAACGAAAAGAAGCUCAAUGGAAAAGACAAGCCAGAAGAUGAGCUUUCUGAAGAGGAUCUCCAGCUCAAGAACGAGCUCGAAAUGCUCGUAGAGCGUCUCAAAGAGGACGACUCAUCCCUCUAUCGACCAGCGCUCGAAUCGCUCCGAACUCUCAUCCGCACAAGUACCUCUUCCAUGACUUCCGUCCCCAAGCCACUCAAGUUCCUCCGUCCCCACUACCCAGAGCUCAAGACGCUCUACGAAUCAUGGAAGCAAGCUAGCGCAGACAAGAGCCUCUUUGCCGAGAUACUUUCGGUUCUCGCCAUGACCUACUCCGACAACGGUCAGCGCGAGACACUCCACUUCCGUCUCCAGGCCAACCACGUUGCUUCCGACGGCAAGUCGGAAGACCCCGGCCUCUGGGGUCACGAGUACAUGCGUCACCUUGCUGCCGAGCUUGGCGAAGAGUACAACGCUCGAUCGCAAGAAGACAGCAACACGGACGAGCUCCUUGAGCUUGCCCUACAGGUCGUGCCAUUCAGUCUCACUCACAAUGCGGAAGCCGACGCUGUUGAUCUCUUGCUAGAGCUCGAGGCGAUUGACAAGCUGCCGCAGUUCGUCGACAAGGACACCUACGCACGGGUUUGCCUCUACAUGGUCAGCUGUGUCACCCUCCUCGUACCACCCGAUGAUGCCAUGUUCCUCCGCACCGCCCACGAGAUCUACCGCAAGCACGACCGAUACACCGAAGCUAUGACCCUCGCCCUCCGUCUCGGCGACAAGGAUCUCAUCCGUGCCGACUUUGAGGCACCCAAGAACCCCACCAUGCGCAAGCAGCUCGCCUUCAUGCUCGCGAGACAACACAUCCCCAUCGAGUGGCUCCAAGACGAGGAUUCGCCCAUCACCGACAACGAGCUGCUCGACAUCAUGUACAACUCGAACCUUUCGCGUCAUUUCGUCAGCUUCGGCAAGGACCUCAACGUGUUGGAGCCCAAGAGUCUCGAGGACAUCUACAAGACACACCUCGAAAACUCACGCACAGGUCUCGGCGGGUCUGUCGACUCGGCUCGUGGUAACCUGGCGAGCACCUUUGUCAACGCCUUUGUCAACGCAGGUUUCGGCAACGACAAGCUCAUGGUGGAUGCGCCCGAAGGCAAUUCAUGGAUCUACAAGAACAAGGACUCCGGCAUGCUUUCUGCCGCUGCUUCGCUCGGUAUGAGCUUGCUCUGGAACACCGAGACCGGUCUCGACCAGAUCGACAAGUACUCGUACUCGUCCGAGGAGGCCAUCAAGGCUGGUGCCUUCCUCGCGUACGGUAUUGUGCACUCCGGCUUGCGGUCCGAGCUCGAUGAAGCCAUGGCGUUGCUGUCGGAGCACAUCGAAUCAAAGAGCAUUCCCCUCAAGAUCUCGGCCAUUGUCGGUCUCGGUCUCGCCUACGCCGGCUUCUGCCGCGAAGACAUUGCUGCUCUCCUGCUGCCCAACAUUCAGGACGAGACGACGCCAAUGGAGGUUGCUGCGAUGUCGGCGCUCUCGCUCGGCUUUGUCUUCGCUGGAAGCUGCCACGGCGAGAUCGUUCCCUCCAUUUUGCAGAGCCUGAUGGAGCGCGACCCGGCGCAGCUUGACGACAAGUGGACGCGCUUCAUGAUCCUCGGUCUAACGCUGCUCUUCCUCGGCAAGCAGGACGAAAGCGACGCCACCAUCGAGACGCUCAAGGCCAUCGAGCAUCCCAUCAGCAAGCAGGCGCAGGUGCUCGUAGACAUGUGCUCGUACGCUGGCACAGGUAACGUGCUCAAGGUACAGACGAUGCUGCACUACUGCACGGAGCGCCAGACACCCGAGACCACGGAAGAGACUGCCGAGGGCGAGAAUGCAAACACGUCCGAGGGAGAGAACGCCGCCGAGUCGUCGGAGAACAAGGACGACAAGGACGACAAAGACGAGAAGGAGACCAACGACUUGUUCCAAGCCUUUGCGGUGAUCGGUAUCGCACUUGUCACAAUGGGCGAAGAAGUUGGAGCUGAGAUGGCGUUGCGCCACUUGUCGCACCUGAUGCACUACGGCGAGCCAACCAUCCGACGCGCGGUGCCGCUGGCGCUGGCUUUGCUGCACCCAUCCAACCCCUCCAUGCCUGUGCUGGACACGCUUAGCAAAUACUCGCACGACUCGGACCUGGACGUUGCGAUCAACGCGAUUCUCGCCAUGGGUCUUGUCGGCGCGGGCUCGAACAACGCCCGCCUCGCACAGAUGCUCCGCCAGCUUGCCGGGUACUACUACAAGGAGCCAGACUGCCUGUUCAUGGUGCGCGUCUCCCAAGGGUUGGUGCACAUGGGCAAAGGUACCAUUGGCAUCAACCCCUACCACACGGAUCGCCAGCUCAUGUCUCGCACUGCGGUGGCAGGUAUCCUCGCGCUCCUCACCUCCAUGACCGACGCCCGCGGGUUUGUCCUGGAUCAGAGCCACUGGAUGCUCUACUUCCUCUCCUCGGCCAUGUAUCCGAGAUUCCUCAUUACGCUCGAUGAGAAUCUCGAGGCGCUGCCCACGAGCGUGCGAGUCGGUAAGGCCGUCGACGUCGUCGGCCAGGCAGGCAAGCCAAGGACCAUCAGCGGGUUCCAGACCCACACCACGCCCGUCCGGGUCGGCACGCACGAAAGGGCAGAGCUCGGCACAGAGGAGUAUCUGAGUUAUGCUCACGUGCUCGAGGGCUUCAGCAUCUUGCUCAAGAACCCUGGGUUUGUUAAAGAGGAAGAUUUGUAG